AUGCUUUCAUGGCUGGUCAAAGUACCGGAAGACCAUGAAAGCUUGGAGAUGGUAUUCUUGGAGGCUGGCUACUACCCAUCAGUCAUGGCCUCCAAAUGGUCUACCAGGGAGCAAGCGGACCUUGACGUUGAAACGGAGGGCAUGAAGCCUUCAGCUAAGAUCCUCCUGUCGCCGACAAUAGAAAUACCCGUUAGGCUCGGCCUCAGGUUUCACCAUCCGGAUGCCCUGGAUUCCAAUGUCGGCAAGGGGAACAAGGCCCGUAUUGCCAAUAUUAGAACUGGUUAUGUGGGAUUCGAGAGGAGUGAGGCACCAAUGCCGGGCUUGAUCCUUGUUAAACCAUAUGGCUUCAUGUCUGUUUCUCCAUUGGAAGCAAUAUGGAUAGGGCCGCGAGUGGAUCCAGAGACAUAG